AUGGGUUCUGUCUCAAAUGGAGUUUCCAACACUGUCCCUGCUCUCUUCAGCUCCUCUCCUUUACCACCUCCUGCAACUGUUCUAAGCUUGAAUUCUGGAGCUGGCUUCGAGUUUCUCGAUAACCAAGACCCUCUUGUUACCUCAAACUCUAAUCUCCAUAGCCAUCAUCACCUCUCAAACGUUUCUUCAUUCAACACCUCUUUCGAGGGUCUGGUUACACCGGCUUGUUUUGGUAAGAAGAGAGGCCAAGAGUCCAAUGAAGGUUCAGGGAAUAGAAGACACAAGCGUAUGAUCAAGAACAGAGAAUCUGCUGCUCGUUCCAGAGCUAGGAAACAGGAAUGUGCCUCUCUUCUCCUAAACUUCUACUCCUGUCAAUCAAAGGGAAGAAAAGAAAUGCAGUUUUGCCAUCAAAAUGCUUAUGAUCUAAAAAAAAGGUUUUUGGGUUUUGAUUCUCAUUUGCAGGCUUAUACAAAUGAGUUAGAGCUUGAAGUUGCUCACCUGCAGGCAGAAAAUGCAAGACUCAAUAGACAACAAGAGCAGUUAAGAAUGGCGGCAGCAAAUCAGCAACCCAAAAAGAACACACUUCGAAGGUCUUCCACAGCUCCAUUUUGA